GCGCGAAGACUUGUUUGCAUAUUUUUAUUAUAAUUUGCAACAUCGUGAUAAUUGUGUUUCAGUGAACAGUGUGUAUAGUUAUAAACUGGAAAAGUUGUGACAGUGUUCGCUGCCUAUCAUUUCGGAAAUGGUGAUCCUCACCAGUCGCACUGAUAUGUCCGAGGGUGCAGCGACUGCCGACUGGGAUAUUAACGACGCUGUAGUGCCGCGAGUCACCAGCUUCGACGCGUUCGGCGAGUGGUGCGACGGUCACGUGCGAAGAGUCUACCCUCCGGCCUGCGAGGAGGCACGCAGACACGCCUCGGGCUGGGCCAUGAGGAACACAAACAAUCACAAUGUACACAUCCUGAAGAAAAGCUGCCUAGGAGUGUUGGUGUGCUCCGUUAGAUGCAGACUACCAGAUGGCUCCAGGGUCCAUUUGCGGCCCGCCAUCUGUGAUAAAGCACGGAAGAAACAGCAAGGAAAACCAUGUCCAAAUAGACUAUGUAACGGAGGACGCCUCGAAGUUCAACCUUGCCGAGGUCAUUGCGGGUACCCAGUCACGCAUUUUUGGCGCCAUACAGAACACGCUAUAUUCUUUCAAGCAAAGGGUUCCCAUGAUCAUCCAAGACCCGAAGCAAAAGGAGCCAGUGAAGUGCGACGGUCUUUAGGGGCCGGUAGAAGAGUAAGAGGUAUAGCAUUACUGCUGGCGAGAGAAGCGGCGAUUGCAGAUAAAAUGAUGACUGUAAAACCAGAAAAGCAGAUGUCUCAGAAACUAGUUAAUCCUCAUUCCCAGCCACCGCCGCUUAUUCCGGAUAGUCAAAGAGUUCAACUAACAUGCACAUGCGGUCCUUUUGAAUGUUCCUGUCGCUGGCGCGCGGACCCUUCGUCAGAGCCUUGCAUGGCUUCAACGUGGCCACUCUCUGAAGCGCAGACCUACACGACCUAUGUCCCUCCCGUGCCGCCAGCGCCGUCACUGUCAGUCCAACAACAUUACGACCCGACCGCGUUGCCGGCUGACGACAUCUUCCAUCCAGAGGAAAUAUUUCAACUGGACCAACCAAUAAGACUAGACUAUCCCAUGGAAGAAAACACCCUAGAAUCUCCACCGACGUUCGCGGAUUUAAACAGUGAAAACUCUAGGCCCGAGGAUCCGUAUUGGUUGGACUGGCAACAUCCCACCGGAUCCGAGUCCAGCGAAACCCCGUCCCCGGAACUGUUCGGCGGCUGCUAUCAACAGAACGAAGGCUACUGCGACCAGCAGGCUUACGUACAGCAGCCGUAUUAUCCGGAAGAGGCUCAAUACUAUCCAACAGAGAGUACCAGGAACUCUCCAAUAAUGGACAUACAGGACCAACGGUUCUAUCGAUACGGGCAGGAUUGUGUUCAGACUUUGGAAACGCAAGCGUGGAACUAUUCGGACUGCGCCUUCUCCUCCAAUGACGUCACGGAAUGUAAGCAAUACUUCGACGUUCAACAUCAACAGAACAUGAACGCUUUCAACGGUCUUUUAUAAUGACUCCUUGUACAUAGUAAUGUAAAUUAUUGUAAAUAGAUUUUUUAUGGUUAAAUUGUUGAU